ACAAAUACCGCAUUGACACGAUGAACGUCAAAAAUGUCAUCAAAGUAAACUAACAUAACCUAAAAUCCGUCACCAUCUAACCGAAAUUAAAAUAUCAAACGGUAAAAAAUAUUUAUAACAAUAUGGCCCAAAAUGCGAAAGAUACAGGGGAAGCAGAUAUCGAAACUCUAUGUUCGAUGUUCAAGGAAGGUCUAAAUAACUACAAUUCCAUACUUAACAGUGACCAGCCUACAAAUAGCAAUGAAUUGCAGACUCAAAUCAAGAAAACCAUGAAAACUUUUGAACAGGCAACGAGACUGGUAUCAUUAUCAAGCAUAUUUAGCACAAACGAAGGAAUAGAAGAGAUACCAACAAAUGAUCUACAGUACUUACUCCUUCCAGCAUUUUUAGGUUCACUAAGUCUAAAAUUAACGUCAGGAGAAAGGAAAGAUAUUGUAGAUGUAGCAGAAAUAUAUUUUAAGGAUUUUUUAAAGAGGUGCAAUGAUUAUGGUAUGAGUAAUUAUCAGUUUAAAGAGAAACAUAAAAAUGAUGAGAAAGAACAGAGGGAGAGGACGGAUUUGGAGAAACUGGAGUACUCUGUCAACACUAGAGCUAAUAAAAUACAAAGAUUUAAAGAACAAAAAGAACUAAAAUCCAAAUUAGAGGACCUAAAGACAAACAUGGAAAACGAACAUGUUGAUGAUGAAAUCAAAAGAAAGUACUUUCUAACUAUGAUUAAACUUUUUAUCUAUGAAUCUAUUGAUGAACUUAACAGUAUUGAUAUGGAAAAGCCUAUUUUAGAGCACAUGGCUAAUAUGAAGAAAGAAGAAAAACCUCAACCAAAGAGACCACCUCCUCCACCUCUAAGACCCAUUGUUAUAACAAAGGAUGAAGUACAGAAAGCUGUGUUUGGUGCUGGAUAUCCAUCUUUACCUGUUAUGACAGUUGAAGAAUUUUACCAAAAACGUGUUGAAGAUGGCAUCUUUCCUGAUCCAAAUAAACCCAGACAAGGUCCCAUGUCUUUACAAGACGCAGCUACUUCCGGUGUGUCUCUAAGUCAAGAAGAAAGAGACAAGGAGGAAAACGAGAAACUAGUGGAAGAAGACAACGAGGAGUACAUAGCGAGAAUGAGAGCUAAGGAUGAAUUUAAGGAUGAUCACAGAAGAGGAUGGGGUAACAGAAUGAAUAGAAGCUAAGACUUUUUUGGAAAUACACGUGGGGUGUAAAUAACUUUAAAAUAUUUUUAACAUCAACUGGGUACUACAUUUUUUAACAGGUUAUGGGGAACGUAUCACAAAGGCUCAAAUGCUUCGGCUAGUUUUAUACUCUCAAUAAAGCCAUUUUUGUAUUUGUAAAUUAUCGUUUUUGUAUCACCUGAUUUUGGUGGCAACGGAAGCACUUCUCAUUCUUAUUACUAGGAGUAGUCUAAACUUAUAGAUCUUAUAAUCUUUUUGAUUAUAUUUAAAUUUUCAUUAAUUUUCAAGAUUUAUAUUAAAAAAAUAUUACUAGACAGUGGCAAAAAUCUCUGGAAAUACUUCGUUAAGAGAUUAGGGGGUAUCUCUCAGUGUAUGUAUUUUAAUAUGUGUUCUCCUUAUAUUUAUCCAAAUAGUUAAUACUGAGAAAUAUUUUAACGAAAAUACCAGCAAGAGUAACAAUAAGAUUCCAAAACUGUGGGGUUAAAUAAACCAAAGAAAACACCCACAAUAAUUGCGCAAUAUUCAGAAUAAAAAGGGGGUCCCCUAAUUUAGCAUUCUGUAAUAAAAUAUUGAAUAUUGUAAUUUUUUAUUUACAAUUUUUGCUUUUUGAUUCGUCGAGAUUCAAAGAGUUUUAUUUCUUAUAUUUCAUGAUCUCCUAAUUAUUUAUUGUAUUUUGUAGCAAUUCUUGAUGUUAACGCUUUGUGUGAUGUUUUUUUUCUCGUAUGAGGUAUUAUUUUGUAACAAAGUAUAAAUGAAAGCUGUUUUCUUAAAAUAAAGUUUGAUUAAAUGUGAA